UAAUAACUCCACUUCCUCCGCCGCCACCGACGCCAUGGGUGGCCCCCUCGCCGCCGGAGACGGGGCCGCCGCGGUGGCGGAGCCGCUCCCGCCGCCGCCGCCGCCCGACCCGAGGACAAUGGCUAGAUGGUACCAGCUGGAGGCGCUGGAGCGGGCGGUGCGGGGGAACACGCUGGCGUUCCUGGAGACCGGGGCCGGGAAGACGCUCAUCGCGGUGAUGCUGCUGCGGGCGUUCGCGCACCGCGUGCGGAGGCCCGCGUCGCGCCGCUACGCCGUCUUCCUCGUCCCCACCGUCGUGCUCGUGGGCCAGCAGGCGCGCGUCGUCGAGGCGCACACGGACCUCGUCGUCAAGCAGUUCUACGGCGACAUGGGGGUCGACUUCUGGGACGCCGCCACCUGGCGCUCCGCCUUGGAGGACGCCGAGGUGCUCGUCAUGACGCCGCAGAUCCUCCUCGACAACCUCCGCCACAGCUUCUUCCGCCUCCAGGACAUUGUGCUGCUCAUCUUCGACGAGUGCCACCACGCAAAGGGCAAUUCGCCGUACGCCUGCAUUUUUAAGGAAUUUUAUCACCCCCAGUUGAUUUCUAGCCCGGCUGACCCUCUGCCGAGGAUAUUUGGGAUGUCUGCUUCGCUCAUUUAUUCAAAAGAUUUGGAUCGGCACCACUAUUCAAAGCAAAUAUCUGAGAUUGAGGAUCUCAUGAAUUCCAAGGUGUACACUGUUGAUAGUGAAUCAGCUUUGUCAGAGUACAUACCAUUUGCCUCUACAAAAAUAGUGCAAUACGAUGAUUCCAACAUUUCGUCUGAGUUGCAUGACAAUAUUCUGAGUUGUUUGUAUAUAUUGACAAAAAAGCAUAUAGAAGCUCUAAAGGGAAAACUACAUGAUUCAUCUCUGGAAAACGCUAAGCAAAGGAUAUCAAGGUUAAGCCAGACAUUUAUAUAUUGUGUAGAUAACCUAGGAGUAUGGCUGGCAGCAAAGGCUGCUGAGGUACAAUCAUAUCAGGAAAACAGCGUAUCCUUCUGGGGUGAAAUAUUGGAUAAAAAUAUUGAAAGCUUCGUUAGCAACUACAGCGAAGAAGUGCAUAGAGAACUUUCAUGUUUCUUGAAGAAAGGUCAUAUUGGCGACAAUUUUCCAACUGAUGUGCAAGAUGGGAUAUUGACAUCCAAAGUUCAUUGUCUUAUCGAAUCUCUUUUGAAAUACAGGCAUAUGCAAGAAUUGAGAUGCAUUGUGUUUGUUGAGAGAGUUAUCACAAGCAUAGUAUUAGAGCCUCUCCUUUCUUCUAUUCAUCAAAUGUCUGGGUGGAUUGUUAAGCACAUGGCAGGAAAUCGUUCUGGUUUGCAAUCUCAGAGCAGGAAAAAUCAUACAGAAAUUGUUGAGUCCUUUCGACAAGGAAAGGUGCAUAUAAUUAUCGCCACACAAAUUUUGGAGGAGGGUCUCGAUGUGCCAAGUUGUAACUUGGUAAUUCGCUUUGAUCCAUCAGCAACUGUAUGCAGCUUUAUACAGUCCCGUGGUCGAGCUAGGAUGCAAAAGUCUGACUAUCUUUUACUUCUUAGAAGAGGGGACACAGAAGCUCGUACUAAGGCAGAGAAGUUUCUCGCAAGCGGGCAAAUAAUGCGGGAAGAAUCUCUGAGAUUGGGAUCAAUUUCUUGUCAACCACUUGAGAACACCUUGUGUGAGCAAACCUAUUACCGCGUCGAGUCAACUGGAGCAAUUGUGACUCUAAACUCAAGCGUUCCGUUAAUUUAUUUUUUCUGCUCGAAGCUUCCAUCGGAUGAAUAUUUUAAACCUUUCCCAAGAUUCUAUAUAGACAAGGCAUCUGGUACUUGCACUCUGUAUCUUCCUAAGAGCAGUCCUGUGCAGACAGUUAAUGUUGAAGGAGAAGUUUCUAUUCUCAAGGAGACUGUCUGCCUUAAGGCCUGCCAAGAACUACAUGCCAUUGGUGCACUCACAGAUUUUCUAUUACCGGAAUUAGGUGGUGUUCCAUGUGAUGAAGAAGCUGACAUUGUUGUUGAGAAAUACCAACACGAGCAGCCUGCUUACUUUCCAGAAGAAUUUGUGGACAAUUGGUGCUCCUUUUCUCAUCAAGGCAUAUAUUAUUGCUACAAAAUCUCAUUGGAAGGAUGUCUUGAAACAGAUUCUCCAACUGACAUAUUGUUAGCUGUCAAGUGUGAUAUGGGAUCUGAUUUCACCUCCAUCUCAUUCCAAAUGCCAGGUGGGCAAGACAAUGCAUGUGUUACCAUGAACUAUGCUGGCAUCAUUCAUCUCAAUCAAGAACAGGUGAUUAUCGCUAGAAGAUUUCAAACAACUAUUCUUUCGUUGCUUAUUAGUGAUGACCAUUUGGUGGUUAGCAAUGCUAUAAAAUACUCCCAUGAGAUGCAAGUGUCUAUUGGUGUGGUCUAUCUACUUCUGCCUUUAGUUUCUGGCAAAAUUGAUUGGUGCAGUAUGAAAGUUUCAGCUUCACCAGUAUAUGAAGCUAACGGCAAACAUAUGAGACACUGCCAUUCUUGUGAAGACGUUGAUUUACUGCAGACAAACGAUGGUCCUUUCUGCAGGUGCAUCCUUAAAAAUUCCAUUGUUGUUACCCCACAUAAUAACAGGUUUUAUGCUGUUACGGGGUUUCUUGACUUAAAUGCGAAUUCUCUUAUGCCUCGACAUGAUGGGAGUUAUGUUACCUACAAAGACCAUUUCAAGACUAGGCAUGGCCUUACUUUGACAUGUGAAAAUCAACCACUUUUGGCUGCCCGUAAACUUGUAAAAGUGCGGAACUUCCUCCACAAGUGCUACUCUAAAAAGGAAAAAGAACCUGGUGAUACAUAUGGUGUUCAGUUGCCACCUGAACUGUGCAGCAUUAUCAUGUCACCAGUGUCAGCUAAUACUCUGUACAGUUUCUCACAUGUUCCAUCCAUAAUGUUCCGCAUACAAUCUAUGCUUCUCUCUGUGAAAUUAAAGGUCCAAUUGGCCCCAACAAUGCAGCAGUUUGACAUUCCGAUUUUGAAGAUCCUAGAAGCAUUAACAACGAAGAAAUGCCAAGAAGAAUUUUCACAGGAAUCAUUAGAAACGCUUGGGGAUUCUUUCCUCAAAUAUGUUACAACUCGUCACCUUUUUAGUGAAUACAGGCUUGAACAUGAAGGCAUAUUAACCAAGAUGAAGAAAAACGUGAUAUCCAAUGCAGCUCUAUGCCAGCUGGCCUGCAACAACAAUCUUGUGGGCUACAUUCAUGCUGAAGAGUUUAACCCAAAAGAUUGGGUCAUUCCAGGGCUGGAUUGUGAUGAGAGUGGUAACAGCAAAAUUUCGUUUCUAGCACCCAAUGGUCUGUACAGCCAAAGGAAAAUAUCCAUUAAAAGUAAGAGGAUUGCAGAUUCAGUUGAGGCUUUAAUUGGAGCCUACCUCAGUACUGCUGGUGAAAAGGCAGCAUUUCUUAUGAUGAAAUCAUUAGGGAUGAAUAUAGAAUUUUACACAGAAAUUCCAGUUGAAAGGAAACUUUCAAUCAAAGCUGAAGAGUUCAUUAAUGUGAGGACCUUGGAGGUAAUGCUUGGUUAUAAGUUCAAUGAUCCUUCAUUAUUGCUCGAAGCACUGACACAUGGCUCAUAUCAGACUUCUGGUCCAACGGCAUGCUAUCAGAGGCUUGAGUUUCUUGGAGAUGCUGUCUUGGAUCAUCUUUUCACUGUAUAUUACUACAGCAAAUACCCUGAAUGUACUCCGGAAUUGUUGACAGAUCUUAGAUCUGCAUCCGUGAACAACAAUUGUUAUGCACAUGCAGCUGUUAAAUCUGGAUUGAACAAGUAUAUUCUUCACUCGUCUUCAGAACUGCAUAGGAAGAUGAGUUACUACCUCGAGAAUUUCGGGCAAUCAUUUACAGGCCCAUCUCAUGGCUGGGAAGCUGGCAUUGGUCUACCAAAGGUUCUCGGGGAUGUGAUCGAAUCAAUAGCCGGUGCCAUUUAUGUUGACAGCAGGUCUAACAAGGAUGUUGUUUGGAGAAGCAUGAAACGACUGUUAGAACCUCUCGCUACCCCAGAAACCAUUGAGCCUGACCCGGUGAAAGGGCUGCAAGAAUUUUGUGAUCGCGGAGCAUACAAAAUAACCUACGAAGAAACCCAUGUUGAUGGAGUGUCGUCGGUCAUUGCAAGGGUGAAGGCUGGAGGGACUACAUACUCCGCAACAAAAUCAGGUCCCACCAAGUUAGUGGCGAAAAAAUUGGCAUCAAAGGCUGUACUUAAAGAUCUGAAGGCUGGUCUCGAAGAUCCAAAGGGUGCUGCUGUCCAGUGAUACUUCAGUGCAGGAGUUGCUGACAGUCAAUACAGGCACAAUAGAAAAGUUUUGGUUGGAUACAUAUAUGUAAUUUGGAAACGUUCCUUUUUGAUGUAUGAAGACGUUGGGCCUUAUGAAAUCUGGUAGGUUUCAUGAUUCGAAACAUACAACUAUUGAAUCGCAAUUUUGUAAAUUACAAAUACGGGCAUAGUACACCUGUCUAUAUAGUAGUAGCAUUACCUUU